AUGGCUUCUCUAGAGUUAUUCUUUCUUUACCUUCGUAUUUUCUUUAUCUCAUUCAUGAGCCGGGCACGAAGCUUGUUUUCGUUUAUUACCAGCCCAUCCAUUAUAACCGAGCAUGGAAAACUUGAAAAGCUUCAGGCAAAGCUGGGGUCUGACGGGGCCCCAAAUUCAUGGUUGCAGCAUCGUCACUCCAAAUUGGUAGACCCAUCAACCUAUAACGACCUAGGCCUCUGCGGUGGACUCCCACUACGAGUGCACAAGCAUGCACACCUUGCAGACAAGGGCGCUCGACGGGCCCAGGAAGACUGGAAGAGACUUGUUGGCCCAAUCCGUGACUUUACCGGCUGCCUUAGUCCAAGGUUUAACGGCAUUGCAGUUGCCAUUCCGGAGUGUAUCCCAGAGCGGUUGGAAGCUGUGACUUAUGCAAACGAAUUUGCCUUUCUUCACGAUGACAUUCUGGAUACAGUUGGAAAAGAAGAUGGCGAAGAGGAGAACAACGAAAUGGCUAGAGGAUUCGAAAGCGUCCUGGAGCCUUCACGCAAUGUUAAAAUGUCUGCCUCGGGAAAGUCUCAGAUGCAGGCUAAGCUGAUUCUGGAAUUGCUCGAGAUCAAUGAGCCACAGGCAAUGGUUCUACUAAAGUCUUGGGAAGGCUUAGUGAAAGGCGAAAGCGGAAGUCAGCACUUUGAUUUCCAAACACUAGACGAGUAUCUUCCUCAUCGUGUUGUGAACCUCGGCCAGACUUUUUGGUUCGGUAUCAUCACAUUUGCCAUGGGUCUCACAGUCAGCAAUAAAGAAAUGGAACUGACAAAGCCCAUUACCGAGCCUGCUUACGCCACCCUCGCCCUGGCAAAUGACUUUUUCUCCUGGGAGAAAGAAUAUGUUGAAUUUCAGGGCAAUCCCACGUCCGAGAACAUGGCAAACGCCGUCUGGAUUAUUAUGAAAGAACACUCGGUCGACCUGGAACAAGCAAAAGUAAUUUGCCAGGACAAAAUUCGCGAGUCAUGCGAAGAAUACGGGCGACGUAAACGCGAGUUCGAGCUUCAGUCUGCAGACAAAGUUUCAACCGACACGCUCCGCUAUCUGUCUGCAUUGGAAUUCAGUAUCAGUGGGAACGUCGUGUGGAGUCAGUAUAGUGAACGAUACCACUUUCACAAGCCAGAAAAGUGGAGGCAAGUUCAAAAUAUUGACGAUGAUGGUGCCAAGAGCGAUGACUCUGGAAUUGCUAUGAAAGAUAGCCCUGAAUCAACGGUUGUCGACGUAGAAGACGAUGUUCCUUCUGCGUUUUUGAACUUUGGGAGCAGCGGUAUGACUACUCGAUCGAAGAAGACCUUUGUCAGUCCAGUCCUAGAAACCAAUUUGCCGGAAAUGACGAACCAGGUCGUCCUGGCACCAUUUCAAUAUGUCAGUUCACUGCCUUCAAAGAAGAUUCGACACCAUGCAAUCGACGCUUUGAACAUCUGGUUCAGUGUGCCAGAGGCAGAUUUGACGAUGAUCAAAGAUGCCAUUGACCAGCUACAUAACGCAUCUCUAAUGCUAGAUGAUAUCGAGGAUAACUCGCCACUGCGCCGAGGGAAUCCAAGCACACACAUGAUCUAUGGAGUUCCACAGACGAUAAAUUCAGCCAACAACCUGUUUGUGAUGUCUUUGGACACCAUCCGAAAGCUAGAGAACCCGGCUUGCCUGGAUGUAUUCAUUAGCGAGUUGAAGAAGUUACACAUUGGUCAAAGUCUGGAUCUAUUCUGGACUUCCAAUGUUCGGUGUCCCACGUUUGAGGAGUAUUACAAAAUGGUUGACUACAAAACCGGCGGCUUGUUCCAGAUGGUGGCCAAGCUCAUGGCCGCAAAAUCUCCCAAAAGCAAGAGAAAGGUUCCUGGUGUAUUGACCUUGACCACAUUAUUUGGACGAUACUUCCAAAUACGAGAUGAUUACCAGAACCUAAUGUCCAAAGAGUACACGGAUCAAAAAGGCUUCUGCGAAGAUCUCGAUGAAGGCAAAUUCUCCCUGCCUUUGAUCCACUGCUUGACCACGAGCCCCAACAUCAGGCUCCAGAGCAUACUCCACCAGCGCAAGACCAUGGGUAAGAUGUCUUUUGAAACUAAGAAGCUAGUUCUUGACCAUCUGGAAGAGACAAAGAGCUUGCAAUACACCAAGGAGAUGCUGGAUCGUCUUCAUGCACGACUGCAUAAGGAAUUGGAUGUCUUGGAGAAACAAACUGGGGUGGAUAACUUCCUUUUGCGGUUGUUGCUUAAGCGGUUGCAUGUGAAGUAG